AUGAGUUCCCACAUUAACAACCCCCAUCAUAAUAACAACCAUCCUCCUCUGCCUUCACAGCAGCAGCAGAAUCACCAUCAACAACAAAGCCAUAACAACUCAACACAACCUUCAUCCUCUAAUACACAUCAUCCACAAACUGCUUCUCGGGCAUGCCACGGUGAAGACAACUCGCCCUUGUAUGGCACAAUGGAUAACUACAACUACUCAAAUAACACAUCCGCUGCAACAUCUAGGCAUACUUCUACAGCUUCUAUCUGGUCACUACAUAAUCACAUCACAGGUCACAGCCGGAAUCCUACCCCCCCGACACCUGUCUCAUCACCGAGUUUAUACACACCGCCUCCUCCGGAGAACCCGCGGAAAUAUGAAAAUGGCCCGCAUCUACACCCUAUCCAGUCCCAAUACCGGCAGCAGACGACAGAAUAUGCACCAGCUGUCAAGGAAACACAUGUGCUUGGACUUGACUUCGACCCGGUCUCCGGACGCAAGAUUAUUAAUCACUACACGAUAAUAGAUGAGAUUGGCCGUGGAGUGCACGGCAAGGUUAAGCUUGGGACAGACAUCGAAACUGGCGAGCUGGUAGCGAUCAAGAUCGUCGAGCGGAUGCAGGGGCGUCCUCGGCUUGGCCGUCGUGGUGAUGGGGAAUCAGAGAAGAAAGUCCGGAGGGAAAUUGCAAUCUUGAAGAAAUGUCGCCAUGAGAAUGUCGUUCGGCUCCUUGAAGUUAUUGACGACCCGCAAAGCAAGAAGGUUUACCUUAUUUUGGAGUACGUUCAGCUGGGCGAGAUCAUUUGGAGAAAGGAAGGAGAUCCGGAUGUUCUGAGUAGGGAACGCCGGCGGUUGCGUAGGGAAUUCGCAGACACUAGGAAGUCAAGGGAGUUGGCCCAAAGAGGCGAGAUGGCAGCGAUUGACAUUUCCAAGAAAAAGAAGCGCAGGAGAAGGAAGACAGGGCAAUUCUGGUCGUUGGAGUUUGCUUCCCCCUCGGGGGAUUCUGAAGAGUCCGAACAGAAUUCCCCUCCCCCGAUGCUACCGAAACUCCCGCCUACCUCUUCGGCCGAUUUACCUCCUUUGGAUUCGGAAACCGAGCAACUACCCCCUUCUGUGACCGGCUACUCCUCCGACAGUGACUCCGACAGGGAUAGUGCAGAUGACCAGCGUUACAUUCCCGCAUUGACAAUCGAGCAAUCUCGUAGUACAUUUCGCGACACUGUACUUGGUCUUGAGUAUCUGCAUUACCAUGGUAUCAUUCAUCGUGAUAUCAAACCGGCCAACCUUCUAUGGACUAAAGAUCAUCGUGUCAAGAUUUCCGACUUUGGUGUAAGCUUCCUUGGAAGACCAAUUAGGGAUGAUGACGAUGGCGAAAGUACCGGCGCGGAUGAAGAGCCUACAGGUUUGGAACAGAACGAUAUCGAGCUUGCCAAAACUGCUGGGACCCCGGCAUUCUUCGCUCCGGAGUUGUGCCAUAUUGAUCCCACGGGGCCACGCCCUCAAAUCACAAGCGCUAUUGACGUGUGGGCUCUCGGCGUCACUUUGUACUGUCUACUGUUUGCCCGCUGUCCAUUUAUGGCGGACAACGAGUUUCAGUUGUUAAAAGUUAUCGCCAAGGAGGAAUUAAUGAUCCCUAAUCGCCAGCUUCUUGAGAUGGAGACUGAGCCGGUUGAUGAGGAUUUGAAGGAUUUGUUGAAACGUCUUCUCAUCAAAGACCCAGCAAAGCGAAUUACCUUGAAAGAGGUUAAGCGACAUCCCUGGGUUCUUCAUGGAAUCACUGACCCCUGCGCAUGGGUGGAUGACACCGAUCCAGAGAGGAUCUCUGAUGGAAACAGAAUUGAGGUCACUGUUGAGGAUGUCGAAAAGGCCGUGUCCAGUGCCGGUGUUCUUCACCGUGCUCGCAGUGCCAUGAAAAGAGCUGGGGCAUGGUACAGGGGGCUUCGCAAAAGGGCUAGCAGCACAGCCGAUGCGGCUUCAACCACCUCUUUCAAGGAUUCGAAGGACAAAAGGCCUGAGCGUAAAUGGGACCCGGAAGAUGCUCAGCAACACCUGCAAGGUUAUUAUGCAUGGAAGGAUGACGAGGAAAAGGAACUGCAAUGGAUGGGUGGCGCUCCGACAUGGAAUGAGGAGCGUCGUCCAUCAAUGACAACUUUUGGAAGCACUGCAUCUACUGAUACCGUUCAGCCGCCGCCCCGGACGUCAUGCGCAUAUGAUAUCAAGGGUGAAAGUGCACCAGCUAUUGCGUCGCCACAGCACGGAAGUGGGGGACUCUUUAGGGACGUGAAAAGGAUUGUGGGCAGGAUGAGAAGUGGUGGAUUAUCUUCUGAGAAUGGAGAUAGAAUGAAGGAUCCCAUUAGCAGGGAAGGGAGCCCGUUGAGGGCUAGAGAUGCACUUGCUGGACAUUUGCGUGGCGAUCAUUCUUUCUAUGCAUAUGCACAUCAUUCGUUGCAAGUGCAGAUUCCUCAAUAUAGACGGCACUCAUAUACUUGCGAGCAAAUCGAAGCCACAGUUCCACUAGACUCAUCGCCUCGUUUUUCACCGGGAGGAAGCAGAAUGAGCCGAGCAGAGGAAGUCAGACGUAAACUCAGUUCUUUAGCAGUAGAUGAUCAGCCUUGUCCUCCUAGCCCCGACGAUAAUGUUUCCAUGGAGAGUAUCUGGCGUCGGGACCAGCAGAAGCGGAUGCUUCGAGUUGAAGAACGGGAAAGGUACUCGCAACCGAGCUCUGCCGUUGCACCUGGAUGGACAAGAGAGAAUUAUUACUACUCAACCACGGAUUCCCCAACACCACCUAUUGCAAUCGAUGGUAAAGUCCGGAGCGGCUUUUUUGACGAUAAUGUGGCCCCAUCGGUGCUACCGCACCAUGGAAAUCCCGAUAACCAUCUUGUGUCAUCUUCCAGUGAGGAACAAUUCGCAACAACUGCAGGUUCCAGUUUGACAAACUCGACUAGUUUCCCCUCAGUACCCAGUGUUCUUUCUGAAUCCAGCUCCAUCAGCAGUGAUUACUACAGUCGAUAUUCCCGUAAAAAUUCAAUUGCCGGUCUAAUGGAGGAAGAACCCAUGAGCGAAAACGGCAUAUAUGAAUACCUACGCAGAGAGCGUCCAGGAACCCCUUAUCGCGAAAACUUUAAUAACUUCCCAAAUUUCGAUAUUGAUGAGGAGGCAGACGAAGCUGCUCAUGAAGAUGACGAUGGUGGUGACGAGGGCGAGGAGAGUGACGGGGACGGGGGCUUUGUGAUGCCGCCGCUUAAGGCCACCAAGCCACGUAGCGGAAGCGUCACCGUAGCUGAGCUUUCGCGGAAGCCCAUUGACCGUCCCGCCGAGACUCCUCCACGUACCAGGAGGAGAAGCCGAAGCAGUAGUGGCACUGUGAAAGAGAAGAGCUCGAGAAGCGGUCAGCGAGGAAGGACCAAAGAGAAGACAGUGACCGAGUGA